AACUCCAGCGCGAUAUAUACCCGAAGCGGAGGGCGCCGGUGGAGCUAGCUAGCUACCAUGGCCGCGACGCUCUUGGGUAACGUAGCAACGGGAGUUGUAUAAUUAGAGAGCCCGGCCCAGUCAUUGGCUUGCUUCCCGUUUUCUAAGACUAAAUGAGGUCGUUUUCCUUGGUGAAACAUCAUACUUGCCGUCAUUUAGUUUCUUACAAGUCCAUAGGGAUCUAUUUCAUUAAUCACACACUUGAUCUCAAAGUCUGAUGUGAAUGUCAACAUGGCCUCUAACAUUGCCAAGCAAAACAUCUAUCCUAUUGAGAAGAUCGCCUUUGGAUCUCGGGAUCUUCAGAAGCGAUAUGAAGAAAUUCUUGGGCCUCUCACCUUAUUUGCUCCCAAGUUUGAUGAAGAAGCUGCAGAGAAAGUUGACCUCGAAGUUGAAAGGCCCGUCACACCAAUUGAUGACAGCAUCAAAUCUCCACCCAUUACAUUUUCUGAGCUGGCUAAAUUGAUCAGACGUAGGAUUGCUGCAGAUUCAGAAUGUCCAGAUCUAACAGUGGAGGAGCAACAGAUGCUUGCAGGUGUAAUAAUAGGAGAGGUAAACUCCAUCUGGCCAGACAUCAGAAGACAAGUUGAUGAUCCUUUCUUGACAGUUGAGGAGAACAAGGAGCUUCAGCGUCGUAUUACUGUUCAUAUUGUGACUGUAUGUCAACAACUUUUUCAGCACUAUGUUGAAAAGGCUAAAAUGCUUGCAGAUAAGAAUGUAUUCAGUGAGAUCGCCAAUAUGAGCAGAUUGAAGGCCCAGGUCUCUCUCGAUGCUAAUAAAUUUCUGAAUAUUCUUGCCAUACGUCGUCACAUAGUGGCUGAUAUCAGAGGAGAUCAUUCUGAUUCUGAGGACAGCCAUCAUCUUAUCUCAUCACCAAGACCUGCACCAAAAAUCGCUAAGGAAGAGAAUGUUCCACUCUCUUAUCAAAAACUAAUUGCAACAAGCCGUCCUAAACGACGUCGGAAUCUCCGUCCCACUGUGGAUCAGCAGAUUCGUGAUAUGACCUCACAGUUCCCUGCUAUCCAUACAUCUAAGGUAUUAGACUACCUACCAGACCUUCCUACAUUAGAGAGAGGUGUGAUGGCUUCAGCAAUGAGGAUGGCAGAGGAAGCGGAUAUCAUGGAAGGAGCUGGAGAAGAGACUGAUACUCUAAUUGAAUCACAGGCAGGCAUAACUGAGAGUUUGGACCUCACACGACAAUUAGAACAGGCUGGCCCAAGGGAAUUCAGGUUACCCCGAUCACGUUCAUUACCAGAAUUCCAUCUGUAUGAAUCUAUUUAUGAAGAGAUUGGUUUGGAUCCACCCUCAAAAGACAGUAGACCUAGGAGUUCUUAUAGACAUAGACCCAAGUACAACCUUGAUGAAUCUGAUCAAGAAGAGGACAAUAAGUCUGAAGCUCAUCCUACUGGAGCCAGAGCUAGUAGACCAACACAAUCUAGACCAUACUCUAGCUCCUAUAUCAAACAAGAUCUUGAGAAGUUAUCUGCCUACCGCUCUGCAAAGACGGAGAGAAAAAGAGAAGCUCUCCCAGAGGAGGAAGAUCUUCCUCCACUUUUACAGCUUAAUUCAGUGUAUACUGGGGCUGUAGAUCAUAAUGAAAGACAAGAGCAAAGGAGGGUAGCAAUGAGACAUCAAAUGAAGGAAACAGAAGCAGAGGCAGAUAAAAAGGAGCAAGAAGAAUUGAUCAAGAUUAGAGAGCCAACUUACCCUCAGCCUGCUACAGUGACUACUAAAAUGCCUAAUAAGUCAACAGUAAGGACAUCAGAUGUACGGGUAUCAGAGAGGAUCAGUCAGACUGCAGUCACUAUCAACCUCUAUAAGACAGUCUUCAAUGAACUUACCGAUGAUGUUGAUGGAAACACUAUUAAGAAACUCGAUGCUAACCUCUUUAGAGGACAAGAAAUCAAAGAAGUUUAUGAAGAAAUCCUCAAGACAUUACCAACUGACCAUAUGACAUUUGAUAUGGAUGAUUUUAUUGAAACAGCAGCUAGCGAGUAUGCCCUUCACAAAGCACCCCUCCUUGCAUCUACAACCCUUAAUAGAGGCAAAGGAGAGCGCAUCCUCAAUCCAGAUCUUGUUCAUAAAGAGGAAUCUCCAUGGGGGAUUGAAAGAGAAGAAUGGUGUAAAAG